AUGAAUAGGUCUCAGACUGACAGUUGUUGCUAUGAACACUUCUCCUCCCAUCCAGAAAGAGGAGUGUUCAUAGCACCAACCAUAAACAUCAAAAGUAACCAGGAUUACUGUCAUCAUUGUGGAAAAAAUUUUAAAUUUCUUAAAUGGCCCUUUCAAGCUGGUUUAAAAAUUGUUUUUCUCACUUGCUUUUGGUUCAUUGGCAAUUCUGAGAAUGUGUCCUUUCGGCACAUGCUAUAUCAUUGUUCGCUUCGAUGUUGUAUAUGCCGUCCAGUCCAGAGACGGGUUACGACAGAUUCAGCUCCAAAGCUCAACCCCAAGAACACCAAUACCCCAUCUCGCACCUGGACGAAGUUUUCUGCCAGCGAAAUUGAAGGAGUGACCUUCUGCGCAUUAUUACCUUCACAAUUACACAUAGAAAAUACGUUCCAGCACUAUUCACUACAUGGAAAAAGAGGAUUUGCUAGGGUUUGCUUCAGAGAUCAAGCUACUUCUAGGAUUGCUACUUGUAGUGUGUUGUUAGUGUACUUAUUCUAUCCUUGGCAUUUGAUAAAUCUUCAUACUAUGUACAAUAUUGGCACGUGCUCGUUUGUGAGCGAGUAUGGGGAAUGUUUUAUACCUUGACAAUCCUGACUUCAUCAUUGCUUGUUAA